AUGAGUUAGAUAAAGACUUAAAAUUUCUUGGUAAAAUAAUUUUGUUUAAAUCAUCCUACUGAAUAAUUGACAAACUUUUGUUAAACAGCAGAUUGCUUAAAACCUUUAUGUGCAGAAUGUAUUGAAUCUCAUAAACAAUAUCAUAAUUAAAUUUCUACUACUGCAGAUAUUGAAAGUUUUGUAAAUGUGAAAUUGCAAUGUUAAAAAAAAAUAAAAUCAGGACUGAAUGAGAUGUACAAAAUAUAAACUAUUGUUUAAUAAUAUGGCUAAACAGAAUACUAGGAUUAAACAAUAUAAGAUAUCAAAAAGGCGAAAGAAAUUGUAAUAAAUUUAGUUCAUCAGUAUUUUACUUUACUAGAAGAUCAAUAUAAACAAUACUUAGAAUCUUAGACUAACUCCUAAUAAAUAUUUAUUUAGUAAUAAGAAAAUGUUUAAAAUUAUAUAAAUGAAUUAGAGAAUUUACACGUUGGAUUGGAAAGUUCUAAUCAAAUAAAUAUAAUAAAGAAUAUUUGCUAUUUGGAUAUAAAAAAACAUUAAAUAAAGUUUAGAAAGGUUAUGAAGAAUUUAUAAAAUUAGUAAUAAAAUAAUCCUUCAAUGGUUUAACUUAAUUAAACUAAUUUACAACAUAUUUAAUAAGCAUUAUUUAAUUAUGUAUAAAUAAAUCUUAUUCCGUUAUAAAAUAACUUGCUAUUGAAUACUAGUCAAAUAUCUUAAGUUUAUUAAGAAACUUAUCUAUAAUAAAAUGAAUUUUUUAGAAAUAAAUAUAAAUUAUUACACUUUUUUGAGACAGGAAAUCAGUUCUUUGGUUAUAUGACUUAAGUUUACCUGAUUAAUUAUGGAGACCUGCUUAGAUUUCUAAUUAUGUUGAAGUAUUACCAUUUUCAAAAUCAUUAAUAACUCCAGAUGGAUAGAUUUACUUAAUUGGAGGAUCAUUUCCAAAUAAGAAAAAGAGUAAUAAAAUUUAUUAAUUCAAUUUUAAAAAUUAUUAAUUAUAAGAAAUUGGAUAAUUGAAUAGUGGAAGAAGUUCACAUGGUUUAAUUUGGAAAUAAAAUGAACUUUUUAUUAUUGGUGGAUAUCUAGAUAAUUUAUAAAUAACAAAUUAAUGUGAGGCAUUUGAUUGUAUAAAUAAAAGAAUAAUAAAAUUACCAAAUUUAAGCAAUUCAUUAGAAUCUCCUAGUGUUAGUAUUUUUAACGAUACUGUUACAGUUACUGGUGGAAUAAGUAUAACUUUUUAUAUAUAUUAGUGUAAAAUAUGUCAAUUAAUUAAUAAAUAGAAUUUUUAUUAAAAGACUGUUAGGUAUCUUGUACUAUAACAUCUUAAUUGUCAUCAAUGGCUUCAAUGAUGUGUUCAAUUUAAAUAGAAUAAAAUUAAUUAAUGCUAUUUGGGGGAUACUCAGAAAAUAAUAAAGGAUCAAAAGAAUGCAUUAUUCUAGAGAUAAAUAAUAAGACAGCAAAAGUAAUUGAAACUAAAUAGCUUCCUUAAGCUGAAGGAUUCUGGAAUAAUAUACCAAUUAUUCAUUAGGGAAGGAUUUGGGCAUUAUAGAAUGUAGUAUUAGAUAAUUAAGGUAAUUGUUCUCAUGAUCAAAGAAGAAUUUUAAUUUUUGA